AUGGAAUAAAAUCCAGUUCCUAUCUUUGAUUAAGUAAAGGAUAAAACUAAGUAAAGAAAAGCAAUUGAUUAAGAGAUAAAAACAAAACUAAUAUUAAGUGUGGUUAAUGAUCGUCUUCCAAUUUAUUAGGUAAUGAAGAAUUACAAUAAUUAAUUAUUUUAGGCUGCUAUUCUCCAUAAGGUUAAAUAUUCAUCUGCUAAACAUAUUCUUAGAAAUUACUUUAAUGAUUCCGCAAACUUUUUUUCUACUUAAAGAAAGAGAAAGAGAAAAAUAUUAUGCAAUAAUGUCUUCGUAUUCAUAGAUGCAUGUUCUGGAAAAAUUACUCUAAAGAAAUAAUAGCCUCAUUCAAUGUCCUGUGCACACAACGGAGUUACUCCAGUUUUAUAAUAAAAAUUCUUAAGUUAACUAUCCACAGCCAUUUAUAUGGAAGUUCACCCACUUUCAAGUAUGAAAAAUAAUCUAGUAUUAAUAGAAAAAAUAGCUAAACACACUAAUGAAGUUGAACAUACUCAAAAAGACUUAUAUAAAUUAUAUGAGAUCAUAAAAAAGCAGCAUAACGAAAUGACGAAUUUAAAGGAAUAAUAUUGA